AAACGGACCCUCGAUCGAGUAUGUUGGUCUAAGAAGAAUAAUUUUUUAUCACACUUUAUUUUCCAACUGAAUCCCAAAUUACGAGACUCGUCAUUCAAAGGGUUAACACAAAAAAUAACCACUUAUGCCAUUCAAGCUCAGCAACAUCACAAGGAAUGGAACAUGUUAACAUACAAGCCAAAACCGCAUUCAUUACCGAGUCUCAGUGUCCAAAAACGAUGGAUGCUAUCACUACCACCACCACCACCACCACACUCUUCUUCUUCCUCAGCCCCAGCCACCACCAAUUCAUACAAUGCAAUCAUCAACCGCCAUUCAACCCAAGGUGCUCACCGUCAAGUUCUCAUCACCUUCACAUCAAUGCUCAAUGCACAAGUUCCUUCUGACGCAUACACUUUCCCAAGUCUUCUCAAAGCAUGUUCCUCUCUUAACCUCUUUCACCUUGGCAUUUCCUUCCAUCAACGUAUCAUCAUUAAUGGGUUGUCCACAGAUUCCUACAUUGCCUCUUCUUUGAUCAGUUUCUAUGUUAAAUUUGGGUAUUCGAAUAUUGCCCGCAAAGUGUUCGACUUUAUGCCUCAGAAAAAUGUUGUACCUUGGACUACUGUUAUUGGAUGUUAUUCUCGUAUGGGUAAUGUUCAUGAGGCUUUUUCUUUGUUUCAUCAAAUGCGUUAUGGAGGAAUUCAACCCAGUAGUGUUACUCUGUUGAGUUUGUUGUUUGGAGUUUCGGAGCUUUCUUAUGUGCAGUGUUUGCAUGGUUGUGCAAUUUUUUAUGGGUUUAUGUCUGAUUUGAACUUGUCAAAUUCUUUGCUGAAUGUGUAUGGGAAAUGUGGAAGUAUUGAGGAUUGUAGGAAAUUGUUUGAUUUUAUGGAUCAUAGAGACGUUGUUUCAUGGAAUUCUUUGUUAUCUACGUAUGCCCAGAUUGGAAAUUUAUGCGAAAUUUUGUUACUUUUCAAGACAAUGAAGGUGCGAGGUUUUGAGCCUGGUUUGCAGACUUUUGGGUCUGUGUUGUCUGUGGCUGUGUCGAGAGGUGAUAUGAGACUGGGAAGGUUAGUUCAUGGCCAGAUUUUAAGAGCUGGUUUUGACUUGGAUGCACAUGCUGAAACAUCAUUGAUUGUAAUGUACUUAAAAGGCGGGAACAUUGAUGUUGCAUUUAGAAUGUUUGAAAGGAGUUUAGAUAAGGAUGUGGUUUUGUGGACAGCAAUGAUUUCGGGCCUUGUGCAGAAUGAAAAUGCUGACAAAGCGCUUUUAGUUUUCCAUCAGAUGUUGAAAUUUGGAAUGAAGCCAUCUACGGAGACUAUGGCCAGUGUGAUUACAGCUUGUGCACAAAUGGGGUCUUAUAAUUUGGGGAGAUCUAUUCAUGGUUAUAUAAUAAGGCAAGAAUUGUCUUUGGAUACCGCUGCUCAUAACGCUCUUGUUUCUAUGUAUGCAAAGUGUGGCCACUUGGAUCAAAGUUCUAUUGUAUUUGAUAAGAUGAGCAAAAGGGAUUUAGUUUCAUGGAAUGCCAUAGUUGCUGGAUAUGCUCAAAUCGGCUCUGUUUAUAAGGCCUUUUCCCUUUUUAAUGAAAUGAGGUCUUGUCAUCAAACACCUGAUUCAAUAACCACUGUCUCCCUCCUUCAAGGGUGUGCAUCUGCGGGGCAACUACACCCUGGAAAAUGGAUCCACGGGUUCGUAAUAAGAAAUGGUCUUAGGCCGUGCAUCUUGGUCGAUACUUCUUUGGUAGAUAUGUACUGUAAAUGUGGUGAUCUGGAUACUGCUCAAAGGUGUUUCAACCAGAUGCCAAGUCAAGAUUUGGUAUCAUGGAGUGCUAUAAUUUCAGGAUAUGGCUAUCAUGGUAAAGGGGAAACUGCAUUAAGGUUAUAUUCAAGGUUUCUAGAAAGUAGGAUCAAACCCAACCAUGUGAUUUUCCUCUCAGUUUUAUCUUCUUGCAGUCAUAAUGGACUUAUCGAUCAAGGCUUGAACAUAUACGAAUCUAUGACUAGAGAUUUCGGGAUUGCACCAAAUCUUGAACACCAUGCUUGUGUGGUGGAUCUCCUCUGUCGUGCGGGGAGGGUAGAGGAGGCAUAUAACUUGUACAAGAAAGUGUUUACAGAACCUGUAAUUGAUGUGUUGGGCAUAAUCCUUGACGCAUGUCGAGCAAAUGGUAAUGACGAGCUUGGUGAUACAAUUGCCAAUGAUAUUAUCAAGCUAAGGCCUAUGAGUGCUGGAAAUUAUGUACAACUAGCACAUUGCUAUGCUUCAAUAAACAAGUGGGAAGGAGUGGGUGAGGUAUGGACUAAUAUGAGAUCUCUUGGCUUGAGGAAAAUUCCUGGUUGGAGUUUUAUUGACAUACAUGGAACCAUCAGUACAUUUUUCACAGAUCACAAUUCUCACCCUCAGUUUUUAGAAAUAGUGAAUACCAUGAAAAUUUUGAGAGAGGAAAUGAACAAAAUGGAGGAAGUGGACAUUAAUUUUGAAAGCAAUCACACUCAUCAUCACUAUAGCAUAUGCUGAAAAGUUAUUAUGAAUAAUAUUUAUAGAUAUUUUAGUCUAUGAUUAUUUUAGUCUACUUUUUUUUUUUUUUUUUAUUUACUAGAAAAUGGUGAAUUAUCGGUGGAAAUAUGUUAGGAAUUAUCAUCGAUUUAUUGUUAUUAAAAUGAUUUUUAUUAAUCAAAAGAGAUGGUUUUUGUUUUUCAGGUGUUCAUCGGAAAUAAUCUUAUUUGAGAUGUGUUGGAU